CGUCAGUGACGUUCCGGAAGUCUGUAAAGGAACUGAAGUAAACGUGAGUUCUGUUAAAAAGUCAAAUUAUUCAAAGUAGUACUGAAAUGGUAUACUACGUGAAUGUACGAUUUCGAAUAUAAACGGCUAGAUUGUAAACGUUCAGAUGUCAGGUUGGUUUAAUUACUACAGUUGCAGAGUUUGCUACCGAGCUGUGGCCACCAAGUUGACAAACAGUUUAUGAUCUACCGUUAGCUAGCAAACGUACCCAGCUAUGUUUUGUACUAUAAAACAAGCAUGUGAGAUGUAGGCUAUCGAAUACGGACUUAAUUCCUUAGCGAUUCUGUUUCGUGCUGACCUGGAGGCAAUUACUAUCACUGCAAAGUUAAAAAAAAAAAAAAAAAACAGUAACAAUAAUAAUGGGAUCAUUGGUCCUGUCAGUAAUGCCUGGCUUGGAGACCUGCAAUGGCCCUGUUAAGGAUGGACUCAAACCUGCGUAGAAAGCUUCAAGAGAAGAAUGGCAAGGUUUCGCAGAAAAACCUGCUUGACCUUGACUGGGUUAAUACUCUUCAUAUUUGUUGUAAUAAUAAUUUUGAAAUCCUUGAGGCCGGAAGGUUUGGGGUUCGGGAGCCCAUUUGGUCUUGGGCUUUUUCCACAACUCAGAAGAGCAGAAGGGGACAACGUUCAGCCACAUGUUCCUAGGGACAUGGACGGAACCAGUGGCAAAAUAAGGUCUGAGGAAAGGGCCUCCAAACCCGAAGCUGCAUUGGGUCAAUUCCCUGCCCCGAAUUACAACCUUCACGUGUUUUACUACACGUGGUAUGGCAACCCGAAGUUUGACGGCAAGUACAUCCACUGGGACCACCCGAUUUUGCCACACUGGGACCCCAAAGUGGCGGCCGGGUACCCAAAUGGGAGGCACAGUCCUCCAGAAGACAUCGGGGCCAACUUCUACCCUGCCCUGGGGGUCUACAGCUCCCGUGACCCCUCCGUCGUUGAAGCUCAUAUGCAGCAGAUCCGGACUGCAGGUGUUGGUGUGCUAGCAGUUUCGUGGUACCCACCCGACAUGAGGGAUGACAACGGAGAGCCAACGGAUGAAAUUGUGCCUCUCCUUUUUGAUGUGGCCCACAAAUACCAAGUUAAGGUGGUUUUCCACAUUGAACCUUACAAAGGAAGGGAUGACCUCAGUAUGUACAACAGUGUUAAGUACCUCGUUGAGAGGUAUGGGGAGCAUCCUGCCUUCUAUAGACACAGAACCAGUAGUGGAAAGCUUCUCCCACUGUUCUACGUGUAUGACUCUUACCUGUUAAACUCGGACAAGUGGGCCAGCCUCCUCAAAGACACCGGCCGUCACACCGUCAGGAAUACCCCCUUCGACGGACUCUUCAUAGCCCUCCUGGUGGAGGAGAAGCACAAGAAGGAAAUCUUGGCUGGUGGCUUUGACGGAGUGUACACCUACUUUGCCACCAACGGCUUCUCCUACGGCUCUUCCCACAGCAACUGGAGAACAAUCAAGAGCUUCUGUGACAGCAACAACCUGAUGUUUAUUCCCAGCGUGGGGCCUGGCUACAUGGACACCAGCAUCCGGCCUUGGAACUUCCAGAACACGAGGAACCGCAUUAACGGAAAGUACUACGAGACCGCAUUCUCUGCCGCCCUGGAGGCCAGGGCCGACGUCAUUUCGAUAACGUCCUUCAACGAGUGGCACGAGGGCUCUCAGAUCGAGAAAGCAGUUCCAAAGACAGCAGGGCAGACCAAGUAUCAGGACUACUUGCCCCACAAGUCAGAUGCCUACUUGGAGAUCACACGCAAGUGGGCGGAGAAGUUUGACAAGGAGCGGGAGAAGUGGUUGGUCUGAGUCUGUGUUGAGUUGUUAAGAUAAAGAACGUGUUCUUCGGACAAAUGCUAAAAGAUGUCAGGGAGAAUCCUGAAAAGUCAAGACUGUAGUCAAAUAUUGCAUGAUACUUUGCUUAAGUGUGUAAGACCUGUUACAGAAUGGACUGGACUGGAGAAGAAUGGGGACUAAAAAAUGUUAUUUUCAAUGUGGGAUGCUAGGAGGCACCGAGUAUGAGCUUUGUGGGAUUUUUUUAAAUUUUACGAAUGUAAUUGUGAAGUUCUCUAUUCCAUUUCUGACAUGAGACACGCUAAGUAUACUGCAUUCUCAGUUGAUUGUUUUUAGUUGUUUACAUUUUUUGGUCUUCUAUGAAAAUCUCUAAGGAUAAUUGUUUAAUUAAGUCUAUCUUAGAAUUGUAGGAAUAAAUAUAGAAUGAAAUCCAGUUGACCACAUGUACACAUUUUAACACUGAGUUUAGGUGAUUGCCACUAGCUAACAAGCUGCCUUUCUUGUUUUUGGCAUUUUUGCUUUCAACUCUCAUUACGUCCACAGAACAUGGCUAGCACAUUCUUGAGUCUGACGAUUCUACACAAAACUACUCCUUUCAACCUCGUCAACUACUGUUUACUUUGUUCUCAGUUCUUGGGUUACAGAUUUGGUAGUCAUUUAUUAAGGACUAAUAGGGAGUCAAAAUGUGUUAAGUGAAGACGACAAAUGCAUGAAAGCCUUGAAAGGGGUUUGGCUUCAGGUUUCCAGCCGCACUGACAUUUCUUAACAACGGUGUUCGUUACUGUCACUGUGUUCCUGCAUGAACACCUACCUCACCUUCUAAUCUAUAGAGCAGUACUCUGUGCAUGUCUACUGUUUUACCUGUUUUGUGUGGAACAGCCAGGCUUUUAUCUCCAGUUCGCCAGCACGCGUGUUCAGUUCGACCUGGGACGAGUGGUCAGGUUAACUUGUUUUGUGCUAGUUUGGUUAAUCAGGCGGCAGAAAAAAAACAGGCAUGAAGGAAAAAUACGUAGAAAUGAAAUUACAAACAUGGAUGUGGAACACUGGUUAUUUGAAAGUACUUUAUACUGUAUAAUUCUUUAUGUUUUUUUGGGGAAAUAACUUGGAAUGUUUAGGAUACAGUGAAUUUUUAGCAUCUUGACAGACUGCAUUCAGUGAAUUAAUUUUGGGGAGAUAACGUGGAAUUAGUAGAAUACCGUGCAUAUUCACUCACUUGACAGACUACAUUCAGUGAAUGAAAACUAUUCCACAUGAUUCUUUGCAUGCGUUAGCCUACAUGCACCCAAUAUUGAGUUCCUCAGUCACAGGUCACAUAACAUGCGGGCAGAGUAUUAAUUUCAGUUCUUACUGUGUAGGUUGAUAAAUUAGGCAAUGCCCAGUAGUAGACAGAGGAAAGUUGCCUCAGUCGCCUUUAUGCAGAUGCUAAUGAGGUGGGGUGGUUAUUUAACCAGAGUUUAACCGCCUUGUGGACUGAGGGCAGAAGACAUAAAAAAAAUUUAAAAAACGUUUUUGUUUUUUCUUUCUUGUAAAUUACGUAGUCAGUAAAACAGCUGGAUACUAACACCUACUCAUUUCAGCUGUGUUAACCUCUCUCAAAGCAUACAUUUAAUUUUGGUGGUACAUUUACAGUACAUCCUAAAAACUGUUGUGCUUUCUCUACGAUGGUGCCUGUUCCUGUUUAAAGCUUCUGUUAAAGAUGCGAACACCUCUAUGUUGCCAUCAAAUGUAUCUUUUAUGCUUCUCUUUUUCCACUGUUGCACUUGCAGCGGACAUACGUCUGGUAUUAAUAAACUGCACCAACCCAUCCA